UUCAGUUGUGGCAAGCUGUGAAAUACAGAAAAAGCAAAUAAUGACUGACGAAUCAGGUGUAUUCCACCCAGGAAAUCAUGAAGCUGAGAUGUGCUAUGGAGGAGAAGCUGAUCUACACAAACAUGUGGCAGAAUGUAAGAAGAAUCCAGGACACAAAGGUUUUAUUCCUCUUAAAGAUUUCAACACAAGUUGUCUCCCCUCACGUUACCAUGACGACGAGCUCGUGUCUAAGACAAUCAAAACAUUGGCAGCCAUAACUGUCCAGGUAAAGACUAAAUUCACCAGUCUAGAGAGACCAGAGUUUUACCCAGGCACUCAAGUUCCAUAUCCAUGUUAUAAUGACAGAGGAAGUCACGUGAUGAGGUUAGGGACGGGGAGGGUGUAUGAUGUGUACAAGUACACAGAGAGUGACAGAACUUGUCGUUGUGCCAAGUGUCAAGUCUCUGCCACACCCAGCAAAGUGUGGGGAGAGAUUCGUGUGUUGACAGCCACACACGUGGUGUUUGAUGCCAGUGAGGCGAGACAGACCAGGUGUGUUUUAGGUUUUGAUGACAAUAAAAGUCCAGUGGUCUGUCUUGAUGGCUGGGGGGUGGAGGGUAGGCCAGACAUUGAGAGAGACUGGUGUUGGUUGAGUUAUGUGACAUGUGACUUAGAGUUGGUUGAUGAACUGAACAAGAUGUGUUGGCGCUUUAAAGAUCUACUUGGGGAAGUAAGUUACAAAUACGAGAGAUUUUUUGGUGUGGACAAGUUGACCGUUAUUGUGUCACAUCCUCAUGGCUGUCCUAAACAGGUCUCUGUAGGACAGUUGACACACAAACGUAAGAGGUUUGGCUUCAUGACCAGGUACUGGUACACAACAUGUACAUGUCCAGGCUCCAGUGGAGCGCCUGUCUACAUGCUGGGAUAUGUCGAGUGGUCGUAUGACCAUCCCCACAGUGGAUCAAACUCUGAAGGAAAUUAUAGUGGGGAAUGGAGUUUCUGA